AUGGAAGCAGUACUUUAUUUCGACGCCAUUCUCUUCCCAUCUGACGGUCGAACCCCUACACUUGUUUCAUUAAUGACCACCCCGAUGUCCCUUGGGCACCAUAGUUCAUAUACAAACAACCCAUCACGAAUGCCACAUCCUGAAGUUCAUAUGGACUAUAUAGCUGAAAACUUCGGUCCCAGGGCGUGGAAGUACCAGCUCGUGGAAGCCCUGGACGGCAUGAACCGCAAAUUUGCCAACCCUUACAUCAUUUUCUACCCUGUCGUGUCCAGGGAUGGUAUGCCUUUCCCAAUCAACAAGACACUACGGGAUAUCCAAGGGAGAGCCUUUCUCGAGGAGCUCGCUUGGCGCGGAAACAUCGUAGUGACAAAAUACCGCGAUAACCCGUUUUCGUCCAUGGUGGACGCCUCGAUGGCCGAUUUUCCUAUCCUUAAAAAUUACUUCAUGACGCAUGGAUGUCCUGGCCUGUGA